CAUGUUGUUUAUAAAUAAUGUACAAAUAUGAGUGGAGAAAGUAUGUUUUGUGAGAACCAGAUUCGUGUGGUAAAGGAAGACCGGGAAGAUGGGAUAAUUGCCUGCAGUAAGUCCUCCCAUUCACAAGAUGGCAAUGCCUAGUUUCUGUCACACAAAAGAACACCACAAAUCACUGUUUUCUAACUGUAUUUAGAUUGCACCUGGUAUUACAAAAAUAUUUAUUAGGGAAGAUGGCCAAUAUGCACUGCCUAGUUACUCUGAUCAUUGUUGUCUAACUGUUUUUAGUGGGAAGAUGGCUGUAGCACAUGGAUUUAUUAGGGAAGAUGGGCAAUAGACAUCGUCUAGUUACCCUGAUCGUUGUUUUAAAACUGCUUUUAGUGGGAAGAUGGCUGUAGUGUUCACUCCAGCUCGGCAAAGUAAUGCUGCUUUUUUACUUCAAAUUACUAUGGAAAAACACCAAAAUAUUAACAUUUUCUGGGCUCAGUCUGGAACGAUAGGAGGUAAGGAUGUGACCACCACAACUGAAUACCCGCUUCUUCUUUAUCAGUUUGGACGGCAUCCUAUUAGUUAACAGAAGCAAAGUAUUACAUAGAAAUAGCCAAUCGAGUGCGUUUUAAGACAUGCAGUGCCCGCCUACUGAUCUCUCAGCAGUGCAAACCUUGAUGAGAAGACAGCGACUGCAAAUGUUUUUUUUUUUGGACUGCAUGUUAACAGAAAAGUUAAGGUGGGUGUGACACUGUUUCAAAGUCAAGCGGCAUCUAGGGAACUUUUUUUUUUAAACAUAAAACCACAAUCCCUACAACACUAUCAACUCGAGGAGACGGUAAAAUCUUUACAGUACAGUUUAAAAUAAACAUAAUACCAACUGCACUGAAUACACUGAUUUACCAGCUGCGGUACAAUAUUAACAAAGUACACACAGUACAUUGUCAUUGUACACUAAAAGCUCUGAGCCGGGUGGCUUAAUAGUAACCAGUUUAGGGGUCCUUAGAAACAACUGCGCACAUGUCGCCUUCGUGAUCAAUCGAGAGUUUACCUGGUUGCCUUUUUAGGAAGGCUGAAAUAAAAACGCUUUUUUCACAGUUUAGCGAAUGGUGUUGAACUAGUUCGGUUGCCUUACUUUGCAAUGUAGCCGUUUGCACAGUUUUUUUUUAGGGGUGUCAGAUAAUGUAAACAUACAUGCAGUUGCAACUCUGCUGCCCGAUUGUGUCAACCUGCAGCUACAUGUUUCAAUGCAUGCCGGGUCUUUGACCCAAAUCAAGCGAAGUAUCUCAUUAUAGCUGAGAAAUCCAUUCUACUGUCUGAAGACAAUUGUGUAGCACAACGAGUGAGAUGCCGCAAGUGUCACUGGACGAGUUGUCUCAAGCGGACUGCAUUUGUCCGAUCUGCUUGGAGAUUUUCCUGGAGCCGGUUACACUGCCCUGCGAUCACACCUUCUGUAAGCCCUGCUUCCAGCAGACUGUGGACAAGUCGAACCUGUGCUGCCCUCUAUGCCGGAAAAGGGUGUCCACUUGGGCUCGGCUGCACGCCCGCAACAAGACCCUGGUGAACGAGGAGAUGUGGGAGAGGGUGCAGAAAGCCUUCCCUGUUCACUGCCAGCGUCGGCUCAGCGGACAGGACCAGGAUGACCCCAUCUUGAAUGCACUAAUUCCUCAGCCUCAACUGUGUAAACCAGGAGAGCUGCGACGGGAAUAUGAGGACCAGAAAAGCAAGCUGGAAGCAGAAAAACGUGUGUUGGAAGAAGAAGAGAGGCGAGCUAGCGAAGAGUAUAUUCAACAGCUAGCUGAGGAUGAGGAGAGAAGAGCUGAGGAGAGCAGGAGGGCAGUACAGCUGCAGCUGGAAAAUGAUGCAAGAUUGGCCCAGAUGCUCGUCGAAGAACUAAAUACAAAUCAAUUUUCAGAAACCCAUGGGCCUUCUACAGAAAUAUCAAGACAGAACUCCUCAGGAAAGAAGAAGAAGAAAACAACAAGUUUAGGGAAUAUUGAGAAAUACUUUUCUCCUGUUUCAAACCGAAUGCCAAGCUCUUUGAUACAUGCUGAAACUAGCAGAUGUACAAGCCUUUCUGCUAACAAGGAAAAUAUCUCAGCUGCUCUUGGUGGGACUGUUUUGAUAGAAGAUGGAAUACUAACUUUAAGACCCCAAGAAGGUGCAAGUUUUUCUGAACAACCUGCAGAGUUACCAUUACCAAAGUUAUCUUUUCAUGGCGAGAGUUGUCACCACAAUGAUUGUUCAGACAUUGUCAGCUUUGCAGAUUCUGCACAGUUUGGAGAGACAGACCACAAAUUAGACAUUCUAGGUAAUGCCCCUAAGGCGGCAAAAAAAAUAAAUACAAGUACCAGUGACAAAGACAGGUGUUUCCUUAUGCCUACAAGCACAGAUGAAAGUGAAAACUCUGGUGUGCACCCGAGAAACAGAAGCAGCCAUUCAAACUGCAGAACAGGUGAUGAAGAUACCAGCAACGGGACGUAUCCAAGCGAGUCUGACUCGGAAAGCAACUUCAAAAGCAAGAGACUGAAAGUGUUAUCAGGAGAGGGUGAUCCUCCCGAAGGGGAAGAGUUCUCUGUGGAUGCGUCAUGCGUGCAGCAGCUCAAAGAGCUGGAGAAUGAUUUUUUCAGUAAACUGCAGCAAGAGAAAACAGACAGACUUUUGGCCUUGCAGUUGCAGAGGCAGCUGAACAAGGAGAUGAAAGAAGUGAACAGAAAGAAAAACUCUCCAGAUGGCUACCUGCUCCGCAUUAAGCUGCCUAAAGAGAGAGCAUCAUGUAGUAAAGAGAGGAAUUGGUCACGGUCCUGCUCUACUGUGAGAGGUGAGGUGGAGACAACAUUGCCUGCAAAUCGACCCAGUGGGAGCAUGCUGACUACUACUCCGAUCCCAAUAGAAGAAGCUGGCAGUCAGAAGGGUGUGAGCAGCAGUUCAGGGUCAUCAGCAGAACAGCAGAUAUAUGGCAAACAGAUGACCAUAACCAAGGUGUUCCAAAACCACGUAAAGUAAAGGUCUCCCAGGGAAAACAGUCCUUUACAGCGUUAACACAUCACCGAGAGAUAUCUUGCUUUACUUAUUUGACCCAACAGCUGGACUACAGGUUUUUAUAAAGUCUGAUACUUAGCUGUUUUUUUCCCUCAACGUUUUUGUUCUGCUAAAUUACCUCCAUAUAAUGUCCUUGCUUAACAUUUGGUAGCCGCCAAAGCUGCAUUUAACUACUAUGCGCUUUGGCUGAAGCUCAUUUAAACUAAACAUUUAAGAAAGAUACAAAUGUGGUGUCUUCAGCAUUCUCUCAACACACUUUACAAUUAGGUAACUAAAGGUACAGCAUUUCAAUUAUAACAUGAUCCAUGUAUAAUUAUUUUACUGUUAGAAAUCUGUAUGACCAUACCAUAAAACAGGACAUCAAAGGAGGGAUUCAACAAUCAAAUCCUAUAAUUUUAUUAAGAAUAAUAUUACAUUACUGGGGCAGGUAUAAGUGCUUCUAUGACACUUUGAGAGGACAUUUGAAGUAAAGUUAUAAGGUCCACAGAAUUGAACAUAUACAGAUUAAACUGCCUUGCUAUGAAACUAAACAUGUUUUAAUUUUUUGGAGCAGGCCCUGUCCAUCUCUGACUUGUAAACACUAGUUUACUCAUAAACGACUGUCCUUCUUAUCUCCACUUUUUAUGUACAGUAAGUUUACUAUUGAAAACCUUAACAAAAACUUUGACAUUAAAAAUGUCAUUCGUAACUAUUAAACGCUCAAUGGUGGUAUACUGAGUAAUACUAAAAGAGGCGUUUGUCAUUGAAGUUUAUGCGUUUAUUUCAGUAUUAUUAAACAUUUAAAAUCAGUAGGAACUUGUGUUGGUAAUAAAAUGUUCACUGUUUGUACUUUUGUAAAAAUUCUCAAUACUUGUUUUGGGUUGGUCUGGAAAAAAAAAAAAACAUUUGCUUCAAUGCAAAGUUUGACCCAUUUUUCUUAUAUAAUCACACUUUGUCAGUCUCUUGGUAGUUCAGUUACAUUACCUGUUUCUUUUCUCAAUAGCAACAAAAUAGCUCAAACCUUGAACUAGGACACAUGUAAUAAAUGUCAACUACAAUGCCUGUGUGUCUAUAUACUUGCACUGCACAGGGAACCACUUAAAAAGCAUGGUCUGCAAUACCCAUCAAUAUUAAUGGUUUUUGAAUCAAUUUUCAACGGGUUUGUGUUAUUUAACAGUAAGUUUGUAUUUCUUUUAAGUUUAACAGUUUUGGGAUUGUAAACUUCAAAUGAACAUCAACACCAGUUUAUAAUAUAUAUAUUGUCUUGGUUGUAAUGUGCUUUGUACAUUUUACAGUUAACUAUAUGAGGAAUAUUCAGCAAUCAAAUCUCUUCACUUGUAAUAAACUAUUUACAGUAAGCAGACUUAUGGAAGUUUACAUUUCAGUCUUUACAUUGUCAUUUUGAUUGUUUACAUGAAAAGCAAUAAAAAUGUUCAU